AUGAAAGAUGUUUUGUACAACAUGAUAAAACAAGUUAUGAUUUUCACAGACACAGAGAAAAAGGCAUUGGCGCUACAGGAGGCUGGAAUUUUGGAGGAAAAGCUUUCCGAUUUUCUCCAAGAGAAGAAGAAUUAUCUCUUCCUAUUGGACGAUGUAUGGAAUAAAGAAGAUUGGGAUAAAUUGAAAAACUCCUUCCCGGUUCCAUGCAACAAUCAGCAGUGCAGGGUGUUGCUCACAACUCGUGAUGAAGGUGUAGCUCGCCAUGCCGAUCCGAUUGCUCCUAAUCCAUUCAAGCUUCAACUUUUGGAUGAAGAGAAUAGUUUAAAGCUUUUCUCGAAGGUGUUCUCCCGAUCCACAGAUGACACAGAGGCAGUAGCACGUUUCAACAGUCUCAACAAUUAA